GGUAGAUAGGGUUACAGCCCUGACCAGCUGUGGGCUGGCUACCACCAUUUUCAUCUUUAGUUGUUUUCAGCCUUAAUUGAUUUCAGCCUUCGUAUUCAUUGUUUUCAGCCUUAGUAUAUGUUGAUUUCAGCCUUAGUAUUCAUUGUUUUCAGCCUUAGUAUUCAUUGUUUUCAGCCUUAGUAUAUGUUGUUUUCAGCCUUAGUAUUCAUUGUUUUCAGCCUUAGUAUUCAUUGUUUUCAGCCUUAGUAUUCAUUGUUUUCAGCCUUAGUAUUCAUUGUUUUCAGCCUUAGUAUUCAUUGUUUUCAGCCUUAGUAUAUGUUGACUGUUUUAUGUUGACACACUGUGACUGUUGGAGGCUUUGCGUAUUUUGACCAACUGAAUUGACAGAUACUGGAAUCUUAUUAAUAAGCCGUGUGAUGUUGGACGUCCUGAUAAUAGGUGGAGGACCCCAGGCCCUGACCCUGGCCACCCUGCUGUCCUGUCCAGAUCAGGCCCUGUCCCCACCUCUCCCCAACACAGACAUCCUCCAGGGGAUCCAGCUCAGCCAGGGCAGGGCCAAGACCAGCCGCUCUAAGAGCAAGAGAGGAGGAGCUACCCGACAGCAGACAGCCGAGCCCGAGGAGCAGGCCGCUCCAGACCCAGAGUCAGUUUCAUCCUGCCCUCCGCUGGCCUUCAGAGUGGUGGACUCAUACGGAGCAUGGACCUCGCUGUGGGAGAGCCAGUUCAGAGCACUCAACAUCCCUCACCUUCGCUCACACACCCUGGUGCACACAGACCCACUCAAUAAGAGGGCUUUGCAGGAGUUUGUUCUGGAGAAGGAUCGGACAGCGGAGCUACACUGCCUCCCUGACCACACCUUCAUUCUGGAUGAGAACGCCUUCUUCAACGACAUGCGUCUGGGCAAGAAGGACAGGAGGAGACUGAGCAGCAGCAGAGGCCUACAGAAGAGCCUGUACUUUAGCCUGCCAGGCACCAGGCUCAGUGUGGACUUCUUCAUGCAGCAGGUGGACAAAUAUGGCCUGGACAGUGUCCUGACAAAGGGCACAGUGGACAGACUGACCCCUGUCAUGUCAGAAGGAAUUGUGACAUCAUUCAGGGUAUUCCUUCAGAACGGGGACGUCCUCGAGGCUAGGCGGGUAGUCAUGGCGACCGGGCCGACCCGUGCCCAGAUGGCCAACAUUCCUUUCUGGGUGUCGUCCAUAGCGGAGAGCUACCCUGAGGAACGCCUGCAGCACACCGUGCAGCUCAUGCACCACCACUCACGGUCAACACGGCAACAGGAACCAAGAAGCCAGAACCAGGAACAGGAAGAGAGUUCUUCUUCUCUCUCAUCAGCAGGUACCCAUGUGGUGUGUGAGCCUGGCCAGAGGGUGGUGGUGGUUGGUGGAGGCCUGACCAGCGCUCACGUCAUCUCCAUCGCUCUGCAGCAAGGAGCCAGUCAUGUGACCUGGGUGAUGCGCAAACACUUACAGCUGAAGCAGUUUGAUGUGGGUGACGUGGAAAGCCUGGUGGGCCGGUACUCCCAUGUGGAGCACGGCAUCAAGAUGGACGGCCUGGCCUACCUGCGGCAGUUCUACAACGAGAGCAGCGUCCAUAAGAGACUGGCCAUGAUCAGACAAGCCAGGAAGGGAGGGGCAGUUACACCUGAGGCCUACGCAGCCCUGCAGCCCUACAUCCAGACUGGACAGCUGUCUGUCCGAGCAUACUGCCAGGUGACUGAAGCUAAGUGGUGCUAUGAAAGCCAGGUGUGGAGACUGUCACUGUGUGGACAGAAUGGCUGUGAGACUUGGACUGGGGACAGGAUAUGGCUGGCUACAGGAUGCAAACUGGACGUCAACCAAGACCCUAUGCUCUCUUCUGUCAUCAAGGAAUUCCCUAUUCAGGUCCUGGAUGGCUGGCCUUGUAUAUCUGAGAGCUUGCAGUGGGCUCCAGGCUGUCCUCUGUACCUGAUGGGACAGUACACAGCACUUCAGGUUGGUCCGCACGCGCUGAAUCUGGCAGGAGGACAGGCUGCAAGCGCGCGCAUCGCGAAGGACAUAAUAUUCCAGCACAGCCGGAGUGGUUACGGAGGGACAGGGACACAAACCACCGUGGAGAGAGCACACACCGAAGAAUACAUUAGGCAGAUGCACGGGCUGAUGUGGUUAUGAUUAA